AUGGGGGUGACUAGGACCCACCCCCUCCUCCCAGGCUACUGCUGUGAACCAUCCGACCUGGCCCACCGGCCCCUCCCGGCCUUCAGCCUCCUAUGCUGCAAGAGAACCCCCAUGCAGCUGGGGUGUGGACACAGAGACCUAGUGGUGGCCAAGGCUCGGGACAAGGAUGGCCCAAGUGGACCUGCCCGCACCCCCCACCCCAGGCCGGAAGGGCCAGGCCUGUGCGGGGCCGGAGGGGAGGAUGCCGAGGGGUGGGCUGGGGCAGUGCCGUAUCCUCACAUAAAGCCCGGCCGCCCUGUGGCUGAAGCUGGACCCGACAGCCUGUCCCGGGAGGAGGUGGUGGGCUUUGUCCUGGCUCAGCAGGUUUCUGGGGGCAGCAGCUGCCGGGUUGGCCCAGUGCCCGACACAGGCAGCAUCACUGCCCUCCCCCACCCCACGGCACUCCCAGGAGAGCCGAUCAGGGCCUCCCUGCUGGGACAGGUCUCCCUCCCACUGAAGCCACCAGGGCAGGCCUCAUCUUCUGAAGACACCCCCCACCACAUGAGAGGCCUGAGGCUGGCAGUGCUGCCCGAGGACCGGCUGCAGAUGAAGUGGAGGGAGGUGGAGGGCAGCAGCCUUGGCUACCUGGUGCAGGUAAAGCCCAUGGCAAGGGACUCGGAGCAGGAGGUGAUGCUGACUACCAAGACCCCCAAGGCUAUAGUGGGGGGCCUGAGCCCCUCCAAGGAGUACACGCUGCAGAUCUUUGCACUGUCGGGCUCAGGGCUCAUCCUGCUGGCUCGGAGGGAGUUUGUGAUCGAGGAUUUGAAGAGCCACUCCGUAGGCAGGAGCAGCCGGAGGCCGUGGGGGCCAGCCCUGGAGCCCACCCCCUCCCUGGUGGAGUGCCCAGACCCUGAGCCGACGUCGGAGGCCCGAGUCACCUGGGCCCCAAGCCACAACUCUCCCACGCCCACAGGGGCCCCGUUCCGCUGCACGCCCCCCGUGCCCACGGACGUGGUCUUCCUGGUGGACGGGUCCUGGAGCAUCAGCCACAGGAACUUCCAGCUCGUCAAGGACUUCUUGGCCAGCGCCAUGGUGUCCCCUUUCGAGAUUGACCCUGACAAAGUCCAAGUAGGCCUGACUCAGUACAGUGGGGACCCCCAGACUGAGUGGGACCUGAACUCCUUCGGCACCAAAGAGGAGGUUCUGGGCGCCAUAGGCUGCCUGCGCUACAAGGGGGGCAACACGUUCACAGGCCUCGCCCUGACACACGUGCUGACCGCCGGGCCCCGUGCGCAGGCGGCCAAGGCGGUUGUUCUGGUGACAGAUGGCAAGUCUCAGGAUGAUGCCCGUGCCGCCGCCCGAGUCCUCAAGGACCUGGGUGCCCACGUGUUUACGGUUGGAGUGAAGAACACCGACGAGGCCGAGCUACGACUCCUGGCAUCACAGCCUCCGGACAUCACUGUCCACAGCGUGCUGGACUUCCCUCAGCUCGGCACACUGGCCAGCCUGCUCAGCCGCCUCGUCUGCCAGCAGGUCCAGGGCAAGGGCCCACCACCGAGGGGUCCGGCGGCCGCUCCAGCCCUGGGCCCACUCCCCGCCCCCGCUGGCCUGGUCCUGACCCAGGUGACCUCCUCCGGCGUCUGCCUGUCCUGGACUCCAGCCCCACAGCCACCCCUCAAGUAUCUGAUUGUGUGGCGCCCUUCCAGGGGCGGUACGCCCAGGGAGGUGGUGGUGGAGGCACCCAUCUCAUCUGUGGAGCUUCGAAACCUGACCUCCAGCACAGAGUACCUGAUCUCCGUGCUUCCUGUCUACGCAGGCGGGGUCAGCGAGGGCCUCCGGGGCCUGGCAACCACAUCACCGCUCUCUCUGCCCCACACGCUGGCCCUGGCCACAGUGACACCCCAGACCAUCCGCCUCACCUGGCAGCCCGUACCGGGGGCCACCCAGUACUUGGUUCGGUGGUUGCCCACCCCUCCCAAGGGCGAGGAGAGGAGAGAGGUGAGGGUGGGGUGGUCCAAGGUGCUGCUGGACAGCCUGGAGCCGGGCCGCAACUACACCAUCUCAGUGCAGAGCCUGCGAGGGUCGGAGGUCAGUGAGGCCCAGGGAGUCCAGGCCAGGACCCUAGCUCUGGCGCCCCCUCGACACCUGGACUUUGAGAACGUGACCCACGACUCCGCCCGUGUGCUCUGGGAGGGCCCCAUGUACAUCUCCAGCGAGGGUGGCCACUUGGGGCAGCUGGAGGCUCCAGGGAACGCUUCCUCGGCCACCCUGGCCCCGCUCUCCUCCUCCACCACCUACAACGCCAGCGUCUACCCCGGGGGCGGCUCCUCCACGCUGACCGGCCGCGUGACCACGCGACCCCAGUCCGCAUCAAUCCCAGCCCCAGUGUCCCCUUCCCAUCUUCCAGCUGGCGGUGACAGAGCUGCCAGGGAUGGAGUUCGGCUGGAGUGGGUGGCCACAGCAGCGUCUGGUGUGCUGGUCUACCAGAUCAAGUGGACGCCCCUGGGCAGUGGGAAGGCCCACGAGGUCUCCGUGCCUGGGAACCUCUGCUCCACUGUCCUGCCUGGCCUGGGGAGGACGUCGGAGUAUGACAUCCCCAUCCUGGCCUACUACCGUGACAGUGCCCGAAGCGACCCCGUGUCCCUCCGCUACACCCCCCCCCGUAGGUGACCCCCCAGCUGGUCCCCCACCUCUAACCUGGCCCUGGCCUCGGAGACACCCAACAGCCUGCAGGUCAGCUGGACAUCCCCGCACGGCCAGGUCCUCCAUUACCGCCUCACCUAUGCACUGGCCUCCGGCUCAGGACCUGAGACAACGAUCUCCGUCCCAGGACCCAGGAGCCGCGCGACGCUCCCUGACCUCCUGACAGCCACCAAGUACAAGGUCCUGGUGCCGGCUGUCUACAAGGCAGGGGAGAGCACGGCCGUGGCGGCCACCGGCCGGACAGCAUCCUGCCCCGCGCAGCGCCCAGACAGCUCCCUCCCAGGGUUUGACCUCAUGGCCACCUUCGGCUUGGUGGAGAAGGAAUACGCCUCCCUUCAAGGGGUGGCGAUGGAGCCCUCUGCAUUCGGGGGGGCCAAGACGUUCAUGCUCCUCAAGGAUGCCCACCUGCUGCGCAGAGCCAGGUGUGGGCACCCAGCACAGGUGUGGUCCCCGGCACAGGUGUGGGCACCCAGCACAGGUGUGGUCCCCGGCACAGGUGUGGGCACCCAGCACAGGCCCGUGCCACCUCGCAUAGCCCUGGGCGGUAUCACUGGUCCGCUGUACGGAAGGGGACACAGGCCGGAUGCCGCGGGGGGAUGUCUGCAGGUGCACGUGGCUGUGGGCCACUCCAAGGUCCAGCUCUACGUGGACUGACGGAAGGUUGCCGAGAGGCCCUUCGGGCAGGUGGGCGGCCUGCCCGCCUCCGGCUUCGUCACACUGGGGAGGCUGGCCAAGGUCAGGGGCCCCCGGAGCAGCUCGGCCACGUUCCAGCUGCAGACCCUCCAGAUUGUCUGUAAUGAGUCCUGGGCAGAGGAGGACAGGUGCUGUGAGCUGCCUGCCUUGAGGGAUGCCGAGACCUGCCCCACCUCCCCUUCUGCCUGCAGCUGCCACUCAGAGACCCCCGGGCCCCCUGGCCCCCAAGGACCUCCAGGAUUCCCCAGGAAGAACGGUGCCCCUGGAGAGCAGGGCUUCCCAGGGCCCAGGGGUCCACCAGGGGUCAAAGGAGAAAAGGGGGACCACGGACUCCCAGGAUCACAGGGCCUCCCCAGCCACCACGGCACCCCUGGGAGAUUGGGCCUCCCGGGACCAAAGGGAAUGAGAGGACUGGAAGGGACUGCUGGCCUGCCUGGACCCCCUGGCCCCAGGGGGUUCCAGGGCAUGGCGGGUGCCCGGGGGACCUGUGGGGAGCAAGGACCCCCAGGAGCCGUGGGACCCACAGGGCUGCCAGGGCUGAAAGGAGAACGAGGGGAGAAGGUGAGCGGCCAAGUCCAGGUCUCCAGCCACAUCUACCAGCUCGUGAGCCAAGCCUGCGAGUCGGCCAUUCAGACUCACAUGCUGAAGUUCGACUCCUUCCUCCACGAGAGUACCAGGCCCCGCAUGCCCGUCUUGGAGGGAGAGGUGAGGCCAGGUGGGCCUGGGACCCCCGGUGUGCACAGCGAGGCCCGGCCCGGAGAGCAAGCCUGCAGCAGCCGCCCCGAGGACAGAGCAGUCAUGAGCAGCCCCCCAGGAACUCCAGGCCGUGGCUCCUCCCCAUCCCAGGACCCUGCUCUGGCCCCCACUGCGUUCCCCCACUGCCCGCCCCUCCUCCCUCUGGCCAUCCGUGUGACAGGCUGGGGUCACAGAGGAGGCUGGCAGGGUGUCGAGAUGCCCCCCCCACCAGCCACCCCCUCAGUCAACAUCGGGGCACGGAGCAGUGACAGGGGCCUGUUUGGGGUUCAGGGACCAAAGCACCCCAUCUCCACUUUCACUCUCCACCCAAGGAGGGCCGAGGUGCUGGGCAGCCACCUUCCCCUCCAGCCAGAAGGGCCCAAGUCAGGAAAGUCACCGCAGCUCCCCAAGUGCUCCCCCUUCCCUCAGAACAGGACGGCCCCCAUGCUGCCCCACUUAACUGCGCCUGCAUUGGCUGCCUGCCUGCUCUUGGUGGAGUCUUUGGACACUGAGCGGUCAUGUCUGGGGGCCUGGAGGGAGCGGGCGGCGGCGGGGGGGCUGCAGGUGGAAGGAGGGGACGGGGGUGUGGUGGGCCUGCAGAGCCCUUCCCCCGUGCUGACCUAG